AUGCAACAGCCUUCAACAUCAACGCACGAUCGUUUGGAGACAACAACAAAAGUGAGCGGCUCCGUCAUUGCCAAGCUUCUUCUUUUCACCAUUGCCAUGGUGGUGUUGCCGAUUGGGACCUACUUUACAACAGUGGAUAGGGUGUUUGGCGGCAACGGUGCCUAUGCCGCAGGAGCUGCAGCAGGAAUGGCCAAUGUCGUCGCAAUAGCGUAUGUGAUUGUUGCCGCUAUCGAAGGACAGCAACAGCAAGACAAGGAUAAAAAGAGUGACUAG